AUGUACGCCCUUCGACCUUUCUUCAUAGCCUUCGGGCUCAUCAUCGGCGUCGUCUCUUACGAGCACUCUCCAACCAACGCGUCUUACCCCUGGAGCGAGCGCAUUGACUUCCCGCUCAUCCCUGUUGCUGUUUCUAUGAUUCCAAAGUCCGGAAAUCUUCUGGUUUGGUCUGCUUACAAGAACGAAACUUUCGGUGUCGAUGCAUCCGGUGUCACUCAAACAGCUAUCUACAACCUCACCGACGGCACAGUAAACCGCUACUCUAUCGAUCACACCGAGCACGACAUGUUCUGUCCUGGAAUCAGUUUGGACUUCCAGGGAAAUAUCAUUGUUUCUGGUGGCGACACUGAAGAAAAGACUAGUAUCUAUGACGGACAGUCUUGGAAAGCUGCAGCUGAUAUGCAAAUACCACGCGGCUACCAAGCUUCUACAACAAUCACUGACGGACGCAUUUUUACUAUCGGAGGUUCUUUUAGUGGUGGGAUUGGUGGCAAGAACGGAGAAAUCUAUGAUCCUGAGGCUGACAAGUGGAUCAUGCUGCCUGGAUGCUCUGCUGAACCCAUGCUCACCAACGACGCCGGAGGUCUGUACCGUUCGGACAACCACGCCUGGCUGUUUGCAUGGUCCAAUGGUUCUGUAUUGCAAGCUGGGCCUAGCCCCAAAAUGCACUGGUUCGACACUCGGGGAAAUGGAUUCACAACCUUUGCCGGAACUCGAGCUAAUGAUAGUGAUGCCAUGACCGGUACGGCCAUCAUGUAUGAUGCUGGAAAAGGCAAGAUUCUUACCUUGGGUGGUGCUCCUUCAUACAAUGACAGUCUAGCUACUUCCAAUGCUCAUAUCAUCACAGUGCGCAAGCCGGGAGAGCCCGUAAGCGUCGAAACGCUCGACAACAUGCAUUCUGCCCGCGCAUUCGCCAACUCUGUGAUCCUACCAGAUGGCAGGGUAUUUGUUGUCGGUGGUCAGAGUCAUCCCAUCGUAUUCACCGACGGAAACUCCAGCAUGGUCCCGGAGAUGUGGGAUCCUAAGACGAAAAAGUUCACCGAACUGCCCGCACUGCCGACACCACGGAAUUAUCACAGCACCGCGCUUCUUCUACCCAAUGCCACAGUUUUCGUUGGCGGUGGCGGUCUCUGCCCCUGGAAGUGCGAUAUCAAUCAUUUGGACGCGCAUAUCUAUACACCCCCCUACUUUUUUGAGUCUGAUGGCGUCACGCCAGCUACACGCCCCAUCAUCACGCAUAUUCCCAACCCCAUCCUCAAAGUGGGCCAGACUCUCAACGUGACGCUCUCGAAGCCCGUCGAAUCCUAUCAAAAGCUUACAUUCUCCAUGAUACGCAUGGCCAGCUCGACACACACAGUCAAUACUGAUCAACGUCGGGUGAACGUGUCUCCACAAGCUGCCACAUCAACUCUGUUCACUCUUGGGUUGCCGCGCGACCCUGGUGUGCUGCUUCCAGGUUAUUGGCAUCUAUUCGCCAUGCUCAAUGGCGUUCCCAGUAUCGCCGAGACGAUUCUGGUCGAGCCUCCUCUGGCAUAA